AUGACUUCUAUCCACAUUCCAACCGUUGACGUUGCCAAGCUGGACCAGCGGCGUGCUGGGGAAGGUUAUGGAGACGAAGUCGGUAAGUUGCUUAACGCAGCUUGCUCGCCGGGGUUCUUUUACGUGGACUUCAAACAUGCGUUUGGAACCGAGCUUGUGCUACGGGAGGUUUAUGAGGCCUAUGCUGCCUCUGAAAGAUAUUUCGACCAGUCACUGGAAACAAAGAUGAAAGACUUCCGCGAGGGACAGCCAUCUUCUAGCGAUCGAGGGUAUAAAUACUGUGAGACUGAUGAGUCUUUUGAGUCGCCUUUGCACCGGGUUACGCAGCUUGAAGAUGGGGCGGGCAAGAGGUUUUUCCUCUCCUAUUUUCUUCGGCCGGAGGAGGGAGCCAAAAAACGAGUGGAGAGCUAUCAAUGA